AUUCUUAAAACAUCCCACGACGGAGGCAUCCGAGUCUGUUCACCUCCUCUACUUCUUCCUGCUGUAGUAAUUAUUUCUUUUUAUUUCUUUUUAAUCCGAACCUCUUCUACUAAAUAAUAGUUAUCUGCCAAGAUCGUGCCUUUCUUCCGCUAAGUCGCUAAGCCGUAAAGCCGUAAUACUGGAUCAGCCAUUCACUUUGCUCCAUCCACGCGUCCCCCUGACGCUCCGCCACAUCUCCAAGCCAACCCUUUGAUCGCCCAAGGCUCGGCGCCAACAAAUAUAAUAGCCGAUUUUCCGAGCGCCGUCCAUUAUUUGUACCAGGCAAAAAAGAACCCUCGACCCCAAAAUCUUCUACCUUUCAUACACGCUUCCGUCCUUGGUGUUCGUCCUAUCAAGUCGACUUACUCACCAGAACGAUCGACCAUCUUUACAAUUCGCACUCAGACGAACCCUGUCCAUCGGAUCGAAGUGCAAAUAGAUCUAUAGAUCUAUACGAUCCGAUCCGAGCCCUACGAGCUACACCUUAAGAGUCCCACCUCCCUACCCUCGACAUCAUAUUCUAUCGUCGCCAUGGCCGACAAAGCCGAUCACCCCCCGGCCUACGCGCCUCCUCCACAAGCGCCUCAAGCUUCAUACCAGCAAGGGCCCUACGGCGCUCCCCAGCAGCCCUACUACCAGCAGCAACCGGGCAUGAACUACGGCCAGCCGCCGCCCCAGGGUGGCUAUCCGGCCGGCCCGUACCCCCCACAGCAGCAAGGAUACUACCAACAGCCAGGCUACGCGCCUCAGGGCCAAUACCAGAACCAGCAACAGCAGGGCGACUCACGCGACGGCUGCCUGGGCAUGCUGCUCGGUGCGCUUGCCUGCUGUUGCUGUCUGGAUUGUCUGUUUUAAGGGAAAGGAGUCGAGUGAAGUGAAGUGAAGUGGAGACAUUUCCCAGUUUGAUGUUUUUGUCUUGGCACAAGCCGAGAUGUUAUCAAGGGGAAAGAGGCC